AUGAACUGAGUGGAAGAAGCAAAGGGAAGGGGAGGAAAAGGAUGGCGGUUUCAGCAAUGGAGAGCGCCGCUGUGACUGCGCUCCGCUCUGUGAUUUCCCGCGUCCAAAUUGCCGCCGAAAGGUCUGGCAGAAGCUCCGAUCAAGUGAGGCUGGUUGCAGUGAGCAAGACGAAGCCAGUUGAGCUCAUUCGCCAGGUCUACGAUGCAGGGCACUGGUCCUUUGGUGAGAAUUAUGUUCAAGAGCUCGUUGACAAAGCACCUCAGCUUCCAGGAGAUAUUGAGUGGCACUUCAUUGGGCACUUGCAGAGCAAUAAAGCAAAGACUCUUGUCACUAGCGUGCCAAACCUAGACAUGGUUGAAAGUGUAGAUAAUGUGAAGUUGGCAAAUUAUUUGGAUCGUGCUGUUGCGGGUGUGGGAAGGAAGCCUUUGAAGAUCCUUCUCCAAGUCAAUACCAGUGGGGAGGAGUCAAAAUCUGGUGUUGAACCCUCAGGUUGUGUAGAACUUGCGAAACAUGUUAAGCUGGGCUGCCCAAACCUUGAGUUUUCUGGGCUGAUGACAAUUGGGAUGUUGGACUAUUCCUCUAAGCCUGAGAACUUUCAGGCAUUGGUAGAGUGUAGAAAUGAGGUUUGCAAGGCUCUUGGAAUAGCAGAGGCUCAGUGUGAGUUGUCAAUGGGCAUGUCAGGCGACUUUGAGCAAGCGAUUGAAAUGGGCAGUACGAAUGUGAGGAUUGGUUCGACCAUAUUUGGAGCAAGAGAGUACCCUAAGAAAGAGGAAAGCGAAUGAAACAACUUUAUUAUAAAUCUUUACAUCAUCAUGACCAGGGUAAAUCAAGCUCAUUGUGCAUCAAAUACUGGCAUUGGCAUAUGUAAUUUCAUAUUGGCAUUGGCAUCUGUAAUUUCAUAAGGACAUGGAAAAUUAUUUUCCCACCUGUGCAUUUAAUUGAGAAAAUAUUAAUGUACCAUUUUCUUGUUCUGUACGGUUCUUAGCCCUGCUUCCUCCCUAGAUGCUGACGUAGGUUUGAGAGAGGUGUCCAGCUUACUAUUCAUUGUUCAUUGUUCCGAAAGAUCUAAUUUCUCAGGAAGCACUAUCGUAAUGUGUUGUAGGAUUUCUUCUCAUGCAGUAAAUCAUUUUGUUCUUUUUGAAUGUGAA